GUAACCAAACAGACCCUGAGUCAGUCAGUCAGACCGAGUCCUCCUCACACAGUCCGGCUGAAAGUUCUGGAGACGAGCGUGGGUCAGAGCAGACCGAAGUCCGGAGGGUCAGACUGGAUCUAAAACUCAACACCGAAACACGGAGAUUACAGAACUUUAAAGUCGGACAGGAGGACUGAAGGACCCGGCUUGACUCGGUCUGACUCGGCUUUGUUCGCUUCAGCUCCGGAUAUUUAAAAAAAAGAAAAGUUUCAUUUUUAUUUUUUAACUAAAAGUUUCUGUUUGUUUUUAAGUUAAAUUGAAUUUUCACCGUCGGUUUCAUUCAAACUGAAGAAGAAGCUCACGAACAGCUGACUGACGACAGGUUGCGCAACCGACACGACAACAAUAGGUACACAAAGACGUCAUCACCGGCUCCAGUCCUCCCAGUAUCAGACCUGCUGGGUCCAGUCGGACUUUUAAAGAAAACCUUUUUUUUUUUUUUUUUUACGUCUUCAUAACUUCUCCUCCACCUUCAGACAGACAGACAGACAUCACCAACUCUACUCUGACUCUACUGGGUUUCUAUUGAGUCUAUUGGAUCUACUGGUUUCCUGUUGAGCUGCAUCCGGACCUGUUUGUCUAAAACCACGAGAUGAACAUGGGCGUGACUACAGCCAGGUCUCAGCUGUGUCUGAAGAGGCUAUUGGACGAGCCCCAGGACAAUUUACCCAAAUGUAAAGUACCCCGUCUGAGCCCGCAGCCUCCUGCCACCGGCCUUUCACCCUGCCUCUUGCCCAGCAGCCCUGCCCCUAAGCCCAACCAAUCCCCAUCCAAAGUCGGAAAGUACCUCCUGUUUGAGCGCAUCGAGGGGGAGGAGACCUACAGGGCCGAGCACUCACUCACAAAGCAGCAAUACACCUGCCAGGUGCUCCCUCUGCGUGGUUACCAGGAGCGUUUGGCUGCCUAUACCCGGAUCGGCCGCCAUGACAACAUCUGCCCCCUGCUGGACGUGGUGAUCGAGCAGGGCAGCGUGUACGUCUUCCUGCCCGGUCACCAUGGUGACAUGCACGCAUACUUGCGGAGCAGGAAGCGUCUCGGCGAGGAGGAAGCAGGACAUCUGUUCGCUCAGAUGCUGAACGCCGUGAUGCACUGUCAUCAGCAUGGAGUCGUCCUCAGAGACCUGAAGCUCCGCAAGUUCGUCUUCACUGACAAAUACAGGACGCGCCUCGCCCUCCUUGGCCUCAACGACUGCGUCCUCCUACACGGCAACCAUGUCGAUGACUCUCUGACGGACAGACACGGCUGUCCCGCCUAUGUCAGCCCCGAGCUGCUGACCAGUGGGAAAGGAUCUUACUCUGGCCGUGCUGCAGACAUCUGGAGCCUGGGCGUGUCUCUGUACACUAUGCUGAUUGGACGAUACCCGUUUCAGGACACACAGCCUGCCGCGCUGUUCGCCAAAAUCCGCCGCGGCACAUUCAGCCUGCCUGAUUGGCUGUCACCGCAAGCCAAGUGUCUGAUUGGCUGCAUGCUGAGGAAGUCGCCUGCAGAGAGGCUGGAGGCGUCUGAGCUGCUGAUGCACCCGUGGCUGACCAAUCCCUGCACGCCACAUCAGGACAUACACAAGACGCAUCACAGCUCACCAAAAACACAACAGCAUAAACACAAGGACGAUGACCAGGUGGUGCCAACAUGGACAGAAAAAAAACAGUAACACACACAGUCAGACCUCUAUACUUGUGAGGACCCACAGCCAUCCCAUAGCCCCAUAAUUUCAACCGUUAGCAACACUAACCUGAACUUUAAUCUAAACCCAAGUCCAAACCAUCAAACGGCCUCUGAAGACCGGUGUCCUCACUCCUACAGCCAAAAACUCAACCUGGUCCUCACAAAGAUAGAUACAGAAGACAGUCUGAUCCUGGAUUACUUGACCCGACCCUCAGGUGCCUUCGUCUUGGUGUAGCUGUGAUCAAAUGCAAGCCCCACUUCCUUGAAAAGGGGAAGGUCUGAACCUGCUCCUCGUCUUCCACAAACAAUAACAGAUUCAACAGUUCCACCAGCACCUGAGAAUGAAUGGUGUGUUCAGGUGCUAGAAAGUGCAGUAUUUCCCAGUUCCCUUGACUAAUUACUGACAUCCAUCGUCUGCUUACACAAUAAUUUCUCAAUUUGUUAUUGAUGAAGAUGCCUGAACACAUCAUUGUUUUUGUUUGUCUGUUUUUUUUAUUUGACUUGGGAGUCUAAAAUGGGACUUUAUCUCAGUGUUUACACUUCCUAGAAUUAUAUGAUGAGGAUCGGCCAGUUUUAUUGUUUUGUUGCAGAAAUAAUCAGAGACGACGAGAAGAAAGUGGCUGGCAAUCUGCUUCACUAACUGAUCACAGUUUAAUGGAAGCUGAGAGCCGCCAUGAUGGCUAAAAAUAUAUUUCAGGCCUGUUAUCUCAGGAGCAAGACUUCAUUUGCUAUUUUUAUUAUAUUGUUUUUGUGGUUCUCAUUAAACCAGUUCAGAAAUAACAGUUUACUCAUUAUUCAUCAAACUUAGCCUGGAUAACAAACAUGUUCAUCACUGUGAUAAUAAAAACAUGCAAGCAGGCCGGAUCAACCAUCAUCCCAAAGUAAAUCUGUGAUCAUGAGAAAACUAUUUCUGAUGUCUCAACAUAAUUAAAUCUCAGGAUGAAGGACUCGAUCUGAGCACCAUGUGUUGAAUCAUAAUAUGAAAAUAAGGAAGUCUUAAUCUUGAGAUCCCUGGCACUUGAGUCAUUUUAUGUUCCCUUCGACCGAAGCUGACCGAUCACCGCCCAACAGACCUGGAGCCAGCCAUUAGGAUGCCUUCUUCUGAAUGUGUUAUUCAGAGCUCAGUUACAGAUGGAGAAUAAAUAAAUAAAAAUGUUUCACAAA